UAUGUUGUCUAUUUUUGUGUUCUGUCUUCUACUAAAGUAAAUUAGUCGGUCUUUCAUCAAUUUAUUCUAUAUAUUAAUUCUUUAGUUUCUUUCAUCAAUCCAUGUUUUAGUGUUUGUAUUUGUUAAUAUAAAUUUGUUUCCGUCGCAAUGCCUGUGAAAAAUUCCAUUCCGUCGAUGAGUGAAAACAUUCGUGACCUUUGCGCAAAAUUACUAAAAGAGCGUCACCGGCGUCUUAGCGCUGCGGGACAGAGAAAGAAGCGCACUGUACGCAACGCCAUCAUCACCGACGAUGCCCGACCUUUCAUCGUCAAAAGCCUAGUGGACGUAAAACCUGGUCCAUUAGAUGAUGCACACACCGGCAGCAAGAGCAUGGAGACAUCGCUGGAUCAUAUCAUACAGCAGCUGCAACCCGGUAAAUGGCCGACCGAUGUGGUGGUGCUCAUCACGCCCGCCAGCAAACACAACCAUCUCUAUAAAUUGCAUGUGAUCGAUCGAGCCAGCGAGAGUCAUCUUGGCAUGACCAGCAUCACCAAACAAGAGCUGGGAGAGUUGCGUGACAGUCAUUUGUUCGAGAAAUACGCCACCAUUAUGGGUAAUAAAUAUAUCGAUUUGAAGACGGUGACACUAAAUACGGUGAUCAUUGCGAAUAUUAUGAAAAAUCUGAAUGGUGAUUGUUGUCAGCCACUCCGUUCGGAAAUACCAUUCCCAGCGCCACCGAGAAAGCAUGAAGCCAAAGAACAAGUGACGCAAAAAGGCAAUGAAGAUGUGCAAAUGGAUAUGCAAAUAGAGCCUCGAAGUCGUUGUCGUAGUGCACACUCGCGGAAUAUUGGUCAAUAUUACACACAAAGUGGCGUACGGCUCCUAUCGCUAUUCGAUCGCAUAAAUGAUGCCAUAGAGCCGGCCGACGAAGACUUACAUAACUUUUUUGAACUCGCCGAACUGUACAAAUUCAAGAUCUACAUACGUCCGGAGUUGUGUUGGAAACCGCCACCACAAGCGGCGGCUUUGCAAAACGAAAGCGAUACCGACUUCGUGCGGUUCAAUGUCGAAUGUUUUAUGCUCUUCGACAAUUAUGUUGGCACUAUUACGAUUAACUCCUUGCAGUUACACGAGCAGUUGAAAUUGCAUGCGGAGCUCUUGCCACGCAUACAGGUCAUCGAUGAUGUUUGCGAUAUAACACCGUUGCCGAAGUGGCUGGUCACUAUAAUGCGCACAGUUGCCGAAUGGCUGGGACUUGAGAUGUUCUAUGAUGCAUUUGGAGAAUUCGUUUACGAUUUGUACAAGCAAAUUUCUUGAUAUGAGCGAAAGGGAUGCAAUGAGGGUGUAAAAGCGGUGCUAAACAAUAAAAUUACUACUAUUUAAAAA